UAACCACAAUGUAUUUCGUAAAUAAAUACUCAAAGAAAAAUGCAAAGUAACUAUCCGGCCAUACCAUUGAAUAAAUAGCAAUAGCUUCAAAACUGUGAGCGUGAUCCAAUGGGCUAGCAUGUGGCGUCCACAGGGGCCGCAACCAGGCGUCUGCCACACAGCAAAGCAUGAAACCGUACCGGGUAGCCCGGGCUAGCAAACUUUAUAAAAUGCAGUAUCGCUCGGCGUCCACGUUGGGUCGUCUUAAGCUGGGCGCGCGGGACUUCGCUGGAGACAUAUGCUCCAUGUGGCACUACGGCGCGCCCUUCCCCACCUUCCUCAAGCUGCUGGCCACCCUCAUGCUCUGCGUCUUCAUGAUCAUGCCGCUCGUCUAUCCUGCGUUCCUGGUCGCUAUCACCUACUUCACCUUUGAAAGCCUUUAUCUGAGCUGGUGGUUCGACGAGCCGUCCCGCUUCGGUCCGUGCCACAUCGCGCGGCGCUUCCUGUCGGCCUCGCUGCGUCCGCCGCGGCCCCACGACAUCUGGAAGGUGAAGGAAGUCAUGGCCCGGGGCAUCCUGCUGGCUCACUCUCUGGCCACGUCUAUUGACUACCUGUGCGUCAUGCAGGGGCUACUGGAGUGAAGGCUAUGUUAGAGGGGCACUGUGGCAUUGCA